GAAGCUGCUGCUCAGAGGCCGAUACAGAGUGAGGGAUCAGCGGCUGAGAGCACGGAGCAGCCCCGGUGUCUGCGGAGGUUCAACAACAACAAUACAAACAAAUAUCAUCAAAUAUCGUCAACAGCUGAAGGAUCUGCGUGGUUUUCCUGUACGAGCGGAAGAGUCCGGUGUUUGUGGAUGGAUUGAAAUGUUAUUGUGAAAGGAACACCCGCCUCCAGACCAGAUCAGCCCACUUAUCCCCCUGCAGACCUCCACAAGAAUGAACUCCUCGCCCAACAGCUCCCGCAACUCCAUCGACAUCCUGGAGGAGCUGCAGCUGAUUGCUGCACAGAACCUGGAGAAACUGGACGUGAGCAAAUACUUUGAGGUCGUCCGGGAACUGGGGAAAGGAACCUAUGGGAAGGUGGACUUGGUCGUCCAUAAAAUCAGAGGCACAAAAAUGGCCCUUAAGUUUCUGAAGAAGAAGACCACCAAGCUGAAGAGCUUCCUGAGAGAGUACAGCAUCUCCCUUUACCUGUCGCCCUGCCCGUUCAUCAUCAACAUGUACGGCAUCGCCAUCGAGACGCACGAGUACUACGUCUUCGCUGAGGAGUACGCGCUCGCCGGAGAUCUGUUCGACAUCAUCCCUCCUCAGGUGGGACUCCCGGAGACAGUGGCAAAGCGCUGUGUCCACCAGGUGGCAAUGGCUCUGGAUUACCUGCAGUGUAAGAAACUGGUCCACAGGGACAUCAAGCCCGAGAACAUCCUCAUCUUUGACGUGGAGUGCAGAAAGGUCAAGCUGUCGGACUUUGGCAUGACUCGCUGCGCAGGCUCUCCGGUGAGGCGCGUGAGUGGCACAAUCCCGUACACGGCACCCGAGUUGUGCGAUAAUUCGCGACAGGACAGUUUCUGCGUGGACCACAGCACGGACGUGUGGGCUUUUGGUGUCCUGCUCUUCUGCAUGCUGACAGGAAACUUCCCCUGGGAGAAGGCCAUGCCCAACGACACCUUCUACGAGGAGUUUGUCCGCUGGCAGCGUCGCCGGACGGCUACGGUGCCGUCACAGUGGCGCCGCUUCACUGCUGAUUGUCUUCAGAUGUUUCGCAAGCUCCUCUGCAUCGAGCAGGAGCGACGCUGCUCCGUCAAAGAAGUCUUCAGCUACAUCAACCAGUGCUGGAUGUUGGACACGGAGAACGGGAACAGCAGCAGUGAAGGUUUUAUGAGCAGCACUCCACGUCUGGACAUCAGCUCGUCUUCGUCUGAAGAAAAGGUGUUAGUGGACAGACUGAAGCAACAGAGCCUGUCUCCAGCCUGCGUGGCCUCCAAGGGAAGCAUCAUGAUGGACACCCACUACUCCUCCACGUCCAGCAACAGCUCACCGUCCUCCACCGGCGACUACGACCGGGCCAACAGAGAAAACAACGAAAGAGGGCGCAUCCUGGUGGCCACACCCAUCGAGAUCUGUGUGUAGACGCUGCAAGCACUGUGUGACCGGUUUACCUGCUCAGGUGUGAGCUGAUUUCUCCCAGUUUGAAGAAAGAGGGAGGAAGGUGUGGUGACACAUGCUCGGCGGGUCGGGACGUACAAUGUAGCCUCACCGCGGACUGAACCAUUUCUUUCUUCAUCAAACACCGAGGAAAUGACCGGUGAGACAAUCGCUCACUGUCGCUCCCUGCGUCUCUGCUUACGCUGCUGAAAGAGUUCAAGACAAACAAAAACAAAACAGCAAUAUGUUCUAAGGCUGCAACUCGCGAUUAUUUUCAUAAUCAAUGAAGUGAAAGAUCACGAUAAUCGAUCUAAUUAGUUGACGAUUAUUAAUCGCUCAGUUGUUGCCGUCCUAAUAUUCUUCACAUGUUUGAAAUAAUCAGUACAGAUAGAAUCUGUGAUCGUGUUGUGUUUAUUGUCGUGGAACACUUUGAAGUUUGGUAGAUGACGUGAAGUGUGUGUCUGUGAAAGUGUGUUUUCUUCUUUUUCUUUUGGAUUCAAAUGAUUUAUUUAUGUCGGAUGCACUUAUUUAUGAUUUGUUAUCGAGUGGCCUUGGACACCUGAAGUCUUCUCUCUGAAAACUGCAAUUUAUAUUUAAUUUAUUAAUAUUCUCCCUCAUGUUGUUGUCGUCGCUGUUGUCUGAAUGAUUUUAUUUUCCCUUCCUAAAAUGUCUAUUUCAUGUUUACCUGUGAUGCCUGAACCCACCUCGUAACAAUACAAACACCUUGUAGUCAAUGUGUUAUUGUGUCUUAUUUUGCUUAAACAUUCCUCCUUUAAAGGGCCAUUAAUGAACAAAACUGAGGAAAGUCCUGUAAAAUCACAAGUUACAAACGUGCAUGGUUCAUUAAAGAAUUUCUGAUUAGUGAUAAA